CAUUAAUAUCUGAAAAAUUGUAACGUGAGAUGAUCUUUGAUAUUUAUCGAUCAUAUAUUGUUUAUCGAAUCAUGGUUGUUCCAUCUUGAUUGUUUUGUCUGCAUGAUCUUUUUCAAAGAAGAAACUUGCAAUUAGUUAAAAGAACAGGAAAAGUGGAAACAUGGAAAAAAAAGGAGACGGGGGAAAUUUAAAAAAUCCCCCAAAAGAACAUGACGACAUAGCAAGUGGAGAAGCAGAGAAUGUACCCACUAUAAAUUCUCUCAGGUUCAAAACUGGGGAGGAUCAACCAGAACAAAAGGGCAAUUCUGAAGGUUCAAAAAUGACAACUAGUGCAGCUGAGAUCACAAACACACAAGAUACAAACACAAACACUAAUAAUGCACUCACAAAACUCUGGGAUGAUCUUAACUUAAAUCCUAAUCAAAACUUAACUUUAAAACGUGCUCGAACAAUUGAUAACCAUACAUUAGGCGACGAUCAACUAACGUCUUUAGAUCAACUACCCAAUUACAUUUUUAAUAAACUAAUGAUAGUUGAUUACCAUGUCCGUGAAUUUAUUACGGGGGAAGCUAAUCCACAUCAAAUAAGGGUUGAAUCUAAAAGUAAUGACGGCUCCGAUGACAGCAGUGAUGAAGAUGACGUUCUUGAUAUCAGUUCAAUGGAUGCAUUGCUGGCAGUUUUUUAUUGUUCCGAUAAUUUUUUGCGACGUUAUUUUGCUGUAAAAUUGUCUGAAUGUCAGCUUAGCGUUCCGUUUCUUCUUCCUGAUCCCGCAGCGCCUUCUCAAAACAUCACAAUGUUGCUAUCAGCUUUGCAGAACAUCACAAAGUGUUGGAAUAGUGGUUCAGGCCCAAUAAAUGCAUUUGUUACGGAACAUCCAUUUCCUGUGGUUUCCUUUAUCCGCAUCGGCAGACCUGAAAUGUCGAAAUCAUCCUUGAUUAAUAAAAUUAUGAGUGACGGGAGCACAGCUCAUCAAUACUUUUUCAACAGUGAAGUUAGGGGUGGUGGCAUCACAAGGAAAAUUGUUCAUGGAUUGGUAGAGUUGAUCUGGUAUCUACCUGGACAAGAUCAGGAGCAAACACAAUAUCUACAACAUGAAAUUUGUUUUGCAAAUCUUAGAGGAGACGCUGGAAUGUUUAAGACGCAGCGCGAUGUUCUUUUAAAGAUUUCAUCCGUAGUAUGUAUAAUACUACCUAUGAUCAUGAAGAGUCCAGAUGAAACUGUGAAAGAAAUUGUGACUGAAAUAGCUCAGAGGAAGAUAAAAACCAUUCUUAUUUUCCCCCAAAAAAUACAGGAUAAUGAACAGAAGAAAGAUUUCAAAGAUUUAAAAGAAACGCAUGAUAAUAAGAUCUCUUUAAUAGUGAACAAAAACAAACCCAAGUUCCUUCAGCGAAUCCAAAAAAAUAUCCAAAAGAAUAUUCAAGACGUGAAGCCAAAGUCUUUAGCGGACCAUGCACAAGAUGCUCGUGAGUAUGGUAUUUCAUUUGAUGACGAUCAACAAGUUACACAAUUUGGGGAAACUGUGGACAACUGGUUAAAAGAUGGAAUCAAAAAAGCCAAAAGUCGCAUGAAGUUGCAAACGCACAUUUCAAAAUUAGCGAAGUUGGAACGCAAAAUGCAUUGUCCAAAAAGUGAUGGUAACACAAUUACAACGGAGGAAAAAGAAAAAAUAUAUCAAAAGAUUCAUAAAAAUGAGAAAGCUCAAAAGAAUUCCUUUGAAAGCCUUGAUACAAAUAUUCGCGACUCUUUCAAUUAUUUUGCAAUGAUGAACGAAUUCGAAAGAAACAAAGCCCUGGAUAGGUUGAAGCGACAGUUGAAUAAGAUGUCACUGAAGCAUCAGGCUCAAAACGAUCAGCCGGAAAACUUCUCGUUUGGAGUAGAACAUAUCAUCAGGGAACUUGCGCAACUGUACCAACUCUCGGAUUUUCACACAAACGACUAUGCAGGUGCUGCAGCAGACAUGUUGCUUUCAGGACAACCUCUUGAGAUACUGGAUGGCGAUUCCUUUUACAUUCCACUCCGAUGGUUCAAAGCUGUGUUUGCUAAACUAGAGGAGAAAACAAAAAAUGCGAAAAUAUUUGUAAUUUCUGUUGUAGGAAUCCAAAGUUCAGGUAAGUCGACAAUGUUAAACACAAUGUUUGGUUUAGAAUUUCCAGUCAGUGCUGGGAGGUGUACUCGUGGAGCUUUUGCAACUCUUCUCCCUGUCAGUCAUUCACUCAAGUCAGCUUCAGAAUUUGACUUUGUUUUGAUCGUUGAUACUGAAGGUCUGAGAGGAUCUGGAGAUCCCCUCACGCGAGAACAUGACAAUGAGCUGGCGACUUUCGUGAUUGGUUUAGCCGAUGUAACUAUAGUGAAUAUUAUGGGUGAAAAUCCAAGUGAGAUGAAAGAGUUCUUGGAGAUAGCUGUCUUCGCAUUUUUGAAGAUGAAGCUUGUCCAAAUGAAGAAGAUAUCUUGCAGAAUUGUCCACCACAAUGUUAUAGCCCUGGACGCUAAUGUUAAAUUGAAGGACAAGCGUUCAACCCUGAUAGAAAGUCUGGAUAAAAUGACGAAACUUGCUGCAAUUCAAGAAAAAUGUGAUGACAAAUAUAACAAAUUUAAUGAUAUCAUUUCAUUCAAUGAAAACGAAGACGUGUUCUAUUUACCCUCCCUUCUGGAAGGAAAUCCGCCAAUGGCUCCAGUGAAUCCUAAAUACGGAAAAUAUUGUCAAACAAUCAAAAGGGGCAUUACUACUCUAAUGUGUUCAAAAGAAAUUCCUCGCUUUUCUGUAUCUUAUUUUCGAAACAGGGUAGUCAUGCUGUGGGAAGCAAUUCUUAAGGAAAAUUUCAUAUUCAGUUUUCAGAAUGCAAGCGAAAUCAGAGCCCGAACGUCUUUAGACGAAAAGUAUUUCACAAUAUCAACGACUGUUAUGGACACGGGAAUGGCCGAACUUAAAAUAAAUAUUGGCAUAACUUUGGAAAAUUGCUCCACGCGGGAUGAACGAGAGAAGAAAUGGGAUGAAAUAGAAAGUGAAAUAAGAAAGAAAGCGCGUGAAUUUGGAGAUAAAAUGAAAGAAAAAAUGGAUGCUUUUUUUGAAAAAGAUGAAGAUAAUGCAAUUCUUGCGAAGUGGCGAGAGGAAAUAUGGAAAAAAAUUGCGACAGAGGAGAAAAAUCAAGAGACUAAGGUAAUGAAUGAAUGUUUCAAAACCUACUCGUAUUUUCAGAAACUUCAGGAUAUUGAAGAAGAAAGAACAUCCUAUGAAGAGAAGAUCACGGCAAAAGCUAAAGUGUUUUCCUCAACUUAUAAAGAUGAAGCUCCAGAAAAAUUGGAAGAUCUUUUCGAAAAAGCAUGGCUAGAAUGGAUGAAAGAUGUCCCACUGUUACAGGAAAAGGAAAUUGACAUCAAGGAGGAAAUGGUCAGUUUCCUUACUAAAAAAUAUUCUGUUCUAUUAAAAACGGAAAACAUCGGGAACAUAUCAAUCCCUGUGAAGGGUAGUGUGGUUAUUGGUAUUAAUGAUCUUAUAUACAACAUGAACCUUCUUACGAAUUUAUUCAACAAGCGUAAAACUCAGAGACUUUGUGUUCUUUGUGCUAAACAGAUCAAUAAAAUUGUUAUCACUAAAUCAUUAAAUUAUGCCAAGAAUGCAUCAGAAUCUGGUAAUGGGUUUACCCAGCAUCACCUUGAAGAAUUGUACUACAUCGUGUUUACCACCAUAGAUGAAGAAGCUACUGAUUGCUUUAAUUUUAAAAAUUCUGCAAAAUAUAACAUCUUGCAAAAUGCUUUUGCCCAAUCUUACAAUUUUUUUCUAAAGAUGCAUGAGCGCUUUGUAAAAGAACGUGAUAUUAGAGGUAACUUAGAAAAACAACUGAAGCCAUCAUUAGCAAGAUACUGUAUUGGAAAGAUACACCCAAACAAAGAACAAGAGUUGGUUGCUAUUUCGCUCUUUGAAGUACUUAAAAAGCAAAUCGAUUCGGCGCUGGAGUCAGCUAUGGGUCUUAUAGUGACAAGAGAAGUUUUGAAAAAUAACGAUUUCCAGAGCAAAGGUCGUUUUCAUGCUAAAGUCCUCAUUGAACUCAUGGAGAAGGGUGAAUUUGCCUCGUACAUUCCAUAUCUUGACAAUCCUGUUGAAUUUUUGAGAGAAAAAUUUAUGGAAUCAAUUAAAGACUACUGUUUAAGUGAAAUCCUGCCUUUCAUCAACUCAUGUUUUCAAGAAGAAGUCAAAAAGAUAAGAGAGGAAGUUAAAAGUGCUAUUUUACUCGCCAACAAGGGCAGAGAGAGUGGAGACAAGAAAUUGACGUCUUGGAUUGACCAGUUUGUAGAAAAUUUUACAUUACUCGUUGUUAAGAAAGAAAUGUUUGUUGUGGCCGCCAUUGAGGAUCGGAAUGAUGUCGACGUGUUCAUUCAAACAGUUGACGAAAAGGUAAAAAAUCAUUUUGAAACUUUAACCACUCGUGAUGUUGAUCUUGCGACCAUUCACAUUUGGUGUGGAUCGCUGAAUUCGUUGUUUGAAAAGAUGUUUUCCUGUCAAUCUAUUUGCCCAUUUUGCAACGCUUUGUGUGAUGAAAGCAUGCCUAAUCAUACCACGCAUUCUACGAAAUCCCAUCGUCCAAUGGGAAUUUUUGGUAUAAAGAACGUGACUGAGAAAUUAAGCACCAAUAUUUGCACAGAGUGUGUCACUGGAGACAAGACAUUUCUAAACCUGGAUACAUUAUUGGAAAAGCACCCGUACAAGGAGUAUCGUUCUGUCAAUGAUUAUUACAAAUCGUGGGAAAUUACUGGUGAGAAAUCACUCAAAUCAUCAUUGUAUUGGAAGUGGUUUAUGGCAACCUUCUCAAAAGAACUGGCACAGAAACAUGAUGCCAAGUCUGACAGUCCUUUUUCUUGGAAGUUCAUUUCCUUCAAAAAAGCGAAAGAACAGCUUAUGGAUGAAUACGACUUGUAAAUAGCUAGACUCUGAACCGUUACCGGUUAUACGUAAUACAAAACAGUGAAAUAAACAUGAGAGACGUUCUUCAGUUCAUAAUUAUGUCACACAUUUUAAUCGCACGAACGUUGUGUUACAAACGGGAAACGUCAUUUAGAACUUUUAAACUAAAAGCCUGCAUACACAACCAAUUUUCUUCCAUAUUGUACUGAACAAAGGUAUAGAUUACAUCAUCUCUGAAUAAAGGUAUAGAUGCACUCCAGUUAUAUAAAAAUAGUCCAGUCAUACAGUAUAUUCCUGCAGCAUAUAUAGACAUGCAUGACUGACAUUUAUAAUGCACAAAAACGUUUCAAUAUUCUUACACAUAUAAAUUAUGCAACACCACAAACUCAACUACAAGUUGCUGUUUACAUUUCCUUGGUCUUACCGAUGAUCAAACCCACCUUACUGGUCCUUCAAUCAACCAUCACGUUUGCUGACUCGGUUGGAAUGCACUCGGCGAUAAGCAACCCGAUUGUUUGUUGGUUCCCUUUUCCUAUAUGAAGACGUUUGGAAGUUGUUUUUUGCUCUGUAUGGUAUUGUUGUAGAUUAGUUUUCUAUAUAUAUAUGUAUUUACCUAUAUGUAGAGUUGUUAUAUUCUCUAUAAAUUCAUUUUUCGGACGUGAUUAACUUUAUUAAUUAUCGAUGCAUGUAUAAUCAUGUUGCUAUAAUAUGAAACAUUGAUUUCACAUGAGCCUUAGCAACGAUAUUUAGCUUUUGAAUGCAAUGUAUAUAUAGUAAACUAGUUUUUAGUAUUUUCUAUUUAUUUUUACCUCAUCGGCUCGGAAGAGAUAGGCACAUAGAUUAGAUAUCACUGCUUAAAUAUGACUGAAAAUCAUCAUUAGCUGAUUUGUCAAAGUCAGGUCAAUACCGUUAAUGUUAUUAUUAUGUAGAAGAUACAACGAUGCAAAACAGUGCAUGGUCUAUGUUGAGAUAUGCUGGAACGCUUUGUACUUUAAAUUUGCGGUCCCGAUUUUUGCUAAACAAGACGUUCACUCGGGCUACAGCUAUCUCGCUUGAGCUUGUAACGCCCACGCUUGAUUUUCGUAAACUCGCGACGCAAAAGUAAAAACUGAGCCCAUUUUUCAACUCGCUCUACCUACGGUAGCCCGAGUAAAAAACCAGCCGGGCUAUGAAAUUAUCUUUACAGUUGCAUGUGUUCAAAUGUUUUAUAUAAUUUGUUGAAUCACAACAUUCUACAAAGCAUUUUAUGUGAUCAAGAACAUUUUAAACAACAACAUAUUUUACCGAUUGGAUGGUGGUUAUGUAGCUACUCGGUGUUCAUCGUUUCGUCGAUUGACAUGUGAUAUCGAAUCUGUACUAACUGUGGAUAUAUAUACCGUCAAUUUUACCCCGAUUGAAGGUAAUGGAAGCAAAUAUGUCAAAGUUAUAUAUCGUUCCUAUAUAAAUGGUACCUCAUGAUGGGUUUCAAACAUCGAUGUAUAGGAGAGUACAUCUGAAUAUAAACUUCUGAUAUAUAAACUGUGAAGAAUUAUCGACAACAACAUACAGUUGCUACGGAAUUUGGGUCCAAUCUUAAGUCUUUAUAACAGUUAUGAAUCCAUCGUUAACAUAUAUUCAAUCAUAAUAUACAAGGACAUGUAUAGUAUACAAUAAAGCUGCAGAAAAAACAACAUGGAAAAAAGAAAACUUCGAAUAUGGAAAACAUCUCGCGUCAAGAAAAGCAUUGAAGCGUGUAAAGCAGAAAUCAGUUUUAGUUGCCUAAACUACUGCGAAAACUAAAUACUGAAAGGAAAAUCUAAAAUUUGUGAAAGAAUGGAAAUGGGCUUCAUGUAUGGAGAAGCAUAACCAAUUUUUUGCUGACAGAAUGUGGCGCAAACAACAACAUCUAGCAGUGGCAUCUUGCGUUUUUUAAUCUCGGUUGCAAAGAUACAGCAACGAAAAUAACCGAGUAAAUGUUUGAACAAAAAGAAUUGAACACAAGUAAUUGAUUUGUGAAAUGUUGUGAUGUAACUGGCUUAAAACGUUUUUUCUGGUUUAUUUUUAAAUACUUCUCAUAGCCUGACAGUUUUUGCAAAAUAAUUUUCCGAAGAAUACGGUUUGAUGGUAAAUGCUAUAAAAUAUCCCAGAUUAGGUUUCGAGUGCCAUGAAACGGGAAAAGUACUAAAAGGAAAAGCGAAUUUUGAUUGUAGAAAGGAUAAAAAUAUAGCAAAGAUCUUUCAACACGUCCUAUA